AUGCCAAGAAAAAGAAAGCUGUUGGCUCAAUUAAGUGCGCUCCAAAGCAACUCCAGCUUCCUUCCUUUUGAUGCCUUGGAGAACCUGAACGCUACGCCUGAUGGGGAUUCUUCUCCAAAAAGCAGCAAAUAUUUUGCGGUAGAGAAAAAAAUUUCUUCCCGGCUAGAAGCAGAUUUUUUCAACCAGCCCUGUAUUAGUCUGGCCAAGUCCUUUCUGGGACAGAUUUUAGUUCGCACACUUCCUGAUGGCAGAGAACUCUGGGGGAGGAUUGUUGAAACAGAAGCCUAUCUGGGUGGGGAAGAUGAAGCUUCCCACUCAAAAGGUGGGAAGCAAACUCAACGGAACGCAGCAAUGUUCAUGAAACCAGGAACUUUGUACGUGUAUCAGAUCUAUGGGAUUUACUUCUGCGUGAAUGUUUCCAGCCAAGGGGAAGGGGCCGCAGUCUUGCUUCGCUCUUUGGAGCCUCUUCGGGGUUUAGAAGCGAUGAGAGAGCUGCGCAGUGCUUCAAGGAAAGGACCCACGAAGCCGCUGAAGGACUGGCAGCUGUGUAACGGGCCCUCCAAGCUCUGCCAAGCAUUUGGGAUUGAUAAGGCUUUUGACCAAAGGGACCUGACUCAAGAUGCAGCCAUCUGGAUGGUGCCUGGACGUGACCUGCCAGGGGAGCAGGACGUGGUAGCCACAACAAGGAUUGGCAUUGGCAACAGGGGAGAGUGGGCACAGAAACCUCUCAGGUUUUAUUUACGAGGAAACAAAUUUGUGAGCGUUGUAGACAAGAAAACAGAGAGAGAGAUGGCAGCAAUGGGACACUUGCAGCUGACUUGA